CCGAGAGCGGCGGUGGUGCGGGCGAAAACGCCGUCGACGGCGAGACGAGAGGAGCCGUCGGACGACGAGGACGACGACAUAGAGGCCAUUCAAGCCGCCGCUAGGGCGUCGAAGGCGUCGAAGGCGCCCGAACCACGGACACGCGAGGAACCGGCGAGGAACGUGGACGAGCCCGCUCCAUCGCGCGUGGUGGAGAUUGCGUGCGUCAUUCCGGACGCGCCGGCGGCGACGGACGCGCCGGCGCCGAGACGAAGCUCGAGAAGGUCCGUCUCCGUCGAGCGCGAGGACAAAGCGAUCGAAGACGCGCCGGUGCGGAGACGACCCUCUCGGCGAUCGGUCUCCGUCGAGCGCGCCGCGCCCCGAUCCGUGGGCGCGGGAGACGAUCCGGUAGCGUCCGUGAACGGCGACCUCUCAAAGCUCACCGUCGUCGUCCUGAAACAACUCCUGAGCGCCCGCGGACUGAGCGUCGCCGGCCUCAAGGCUGCCCUCAUCGAACGCUUACAAAGCGCCAUCGACGAGGAAAACGCGCGCGCGUAG